UGUCGCUUGUGUCACUCAUCUACAGCUCGUGCAGAACGCUCUGUGUGAGCUCGCGGCCUUUUUAUUCUGCCUUUCUUCAUUUGUGCAUGACCAUGGGAGCCACUCGCACGCAGCGGGGUGCCUGCUGUGUCUGAAGUACAGCGGAGAGGAGCACGGCACAGGGCCAGAGCAUGGGGUGACGAGGACUAUCCUCUGCUGAUCUCGAUGCAGAUGACCAGUGAUGGCCACAGCAUCACCUCAACAUUUGUUGGAUGAAGUAAUAAACACUGGCCAACAACAGGAACAUCAGCAACAGGAAGAAUUUCUCAACUCACUAGAGACUAUUGUCCUCACCAUCUUUCUGUCCAUCAUCAUCAUCAUGACGGUGUUUGGUAACUUGCUGGUCAUGGUGGCGCUCUGCAAGGACAGACAUCUACGAAAGAAGAAGACUAACUACUUCAUUGUGUCGCUGGCGUUUGCCGACUUGCUGGUUGCGGUUGUGGUGAUGCCCUUUGCUGCGAUCGAGCUGACCACUGGCCAGUGGCGUUACGGAGAGAUCUUCUGCCUGGUCCGAACGUCUCUGGAUGUUCUGUUAACUACAGCAUCCAUCCUACACCUCUGCUGCAUUGCACUGGACAGGUAUUAUGCUAUCUGCUGCCAGCCUCUGGUUUACAGACACAAAAUGACACCCAUCAGAGUGGCAGCAAUGCUCAGCGGCUGCUGGCUCAUCCCCACGUUAAUCUCCUUCCUACCCAUAAUGCAAAGCUGGAACGCAAUCGGCAUUGAAGACAUUAUUGAGGAAAGGCGAGCUCUGGCAGGGGGCUCCAAUGACACCAGUUGCGUAUUUUUGGUCAACCGGCCAUACGCCCUCAUCUGCUCUGCUGUGGCCUUCUACGUCCCAUUAGCUCUCAUGGUCCUGGCCUACCAGCGUAUCUAUGUCACCGCCAUGACCCAUGUGCGGCAGAUCGAGACACUUCAGCGGGCUGGCUCUGCUCCUGUUGCUGGUACAGUUCCAGUGAUUAUCGUGAGGUCCUCUACAUCCUCAGAUCCUGUGGAGCACUAUCGCUUAAGGACACCAACGGGCUCCUCCCAUUCAGACCAUGCUCCCAUAGCGAACAGCCGAAUGCGUGUUGAGACAAAAGCUGCAAAGACACUGGCAGUUAUAAUGGGUUGUUUCUGUCUAUGCUGGGCACCGUUCUUUAUCACCAAUGUGGUGGAUCCCUUCAUCCAUUACUCAGUGCCCUGGCAGCUGUGGACAGCCUGGUUGUGGCUCGGUUAUAUUAACUCAGGGUUGAACCCCUUCCUGUACGCCUUUCUCAACCGAGCAUUUCGGAGGGCCUUUCUGGUGAUUCUAUGCUGUGGGGAUGAGCGGUACGCGCGGCAGGCCAGCUGCUCCUAUGGACACGCCCACAGAACAUGCUCAGCUGCAUCAGUCAACGGGACGUCAAUGGCAUUGAGAUUGUCCUUCCUGCCUAACCGCAGCUACAGCGACAACGGACGGACCAUGCUUGCCAAUGAACAUGAGUCCCAGUACUCUCUUGGACCCCUAUGAGUCUGACUGGACAGAUUUGUGAUGUCAUCAGCUGAUAUGAGAGACCUUCUGGUGUGAUCAGUCUACAGUGAGCCAAAUUGAACUGUUAAAGGAGGAUAUAUCACCUUGAUAUUCACUCUAUGAUCCCGCAUCAACAGGGACUAACAUUGUUAAAACAUAUGUUGAUGCUGGGCAUCAGACACAUACAGAACGUCUAAUCGAACACUAGCUGGCUGUAAAACAGACAAAAUGAAUCAUAUUGAUCAAGAACCACUGGUUGAGGAGUACUCGUGUCCAUUGACUGAAGAGCACUGACAAUAUUUUGAGAUUUCUUCUCAUUUUGAGACAGAAAGACCUGUGGAACAUCUGGAUCACAUCAUGGCAGCGGUCCUACGCCACAGAUCUCAGAAGACUGCAAGCCGAACUCUGGAUAAAGUGAUGGAAGAAGCAAGAGACCAAGACGCCAUUCUUAGCGUUAUGAUCUAAAGAAUAAACAAGAUAUUUCAUAGCUCAUUUCUAGCUGCACAAUCAGCUGACUACAGUUAUCCUUAGAUAGGAUAUUAGUUUAUUGUGGAGCAGUUUGUUUUGUAGCCUUCAUAGCUGGAUGAAAUAUCAAAAGUGGACAUUUUUAUUGGAUACUAGAAGUCAGUUUGUGAUGAAGUGCAGCAGCGUAUAAACUGUUCUGUCAUUGAUCAUUGGGAUGGACCCUUUUCUAAAAACCUUUCCUGGCAAAUUCUUUAAUGCACAUGCCUCUUUGGGUUUAAAGUUUCACAUCUGUUACAGCUAGGGACAAAGCUCAGCAUCUCUACAAGAAGGUGGAAAAUACAUUUGCCAUUUAUGGGCAUCCCUGUCAUCCUGCGAGAAGCUACAGUGAUGUAUAUUGGAGUUGGCUUUCAAGGCACUGAAAGUACAAAUACAUUAUCCUACUUGAUCAUGUACCUCAUGUAUCAUAUGUCUCCUCACAAGGUUAAAGUUCAUCUGACAAAAUUAUCUGGUAUAAACAUUGUCAUUUAAAGUGUGGUCCUCAAGUUCUAAUAUUAUUGUUUAAGAUCUAUUUAUUUCCCUUCAACCUAUACGUUCUUCAUUUUUUCACCAGCUACAUUGUCCAGCAUGACUGUUUCAUUGUUGGGGGCUUUGGUCUAAAUUUGAUAUUUUCCGAUUUAACAACACAUACCAUUACUUCGGAGACAUGUUCAAUUAACCCAUUUUUACAGGGCAACAUAAAUACAAUAAAAAUAAAGCAAAGAAAUGUGUAUGUGCACAAGUAGUAUUUGCUGAUGAAUCCACUUUGAAAAGAGAAAUCAGCACUUUAAGAGAAACAUUGUGUUAAUGCAAGGUGAAAAAAAUCCCUCAAUUGAAGAACAUAUGGCCUGAAACCACAAUGAGGAUAAAAUGGGCAAAAGCAGCUAAAGCAGCUACAAAGGGCAAAGAGCUACAGAGUAGGAUGUGUUUCUCUGUGGGUUUGGCAGCUGUUGUCACCCGCUCACAAUACUCAGUUCUAUUUGAGCCAAAGUAUCAGUAAUGUCUGUAUGAUACAGGUUUAACUCUCCUUAAAAGUGUGAUGCUUGUUCGCAUGUCUACAUUCCCUCUGGCACAUUCUCUCCUUCUAUCAGAACACAUUUAAGAGUCAAAUACACAGAGGUGUGAAAGCAACUCAGCUGCCUCCUUUCUGUCAUCACUGAUAUUUGCAUUUUAGGUUCAUUCUUGAUCUUAGUAUCUGCCUCAGAGAACCACAGUUAUCUCACUCUCUUUCAUUUUGGUUUUGAAAUGCACAACCUCCUUGUGGCUUGAAAGAGCUACAUGGACAUUCUGUCAGUGUGACAGCUUUUUAUAGUCCAUUUGUUAGUGCUUUGUUUUCUGUGAUGGAGAUGAGAAAUAAACAGUGAAUUUGA